ACUUGCCUAGUACUUUGGUUCCAGCGCUCUGCUCCUGCGAGGAAGCAACCAGCCACAAUGAUACCUGGAGGCUUGAGCGAGGCCAAACCUGCUACUCCUGAAAUCCAGGAGAUUGCUGACAAGGUCAAACCACAGCUUGAAGAAAAAACAAAUGAGUCUUACCAAGAAUUCAUAGCUGAAGAGUAUAAAAGUCAAGUGGUUGCUGGAAUAAAUUACUACAUUAAGAUUCGGGUAGGUGACCAGAGUUAUAUCCACAUUAAAGUAUUCAAACCUCUUCCUGGACAAAAUGAAGAUGGGCUGGAACUUUCUGAUUACCAGACAGGAAAAACCAAGGACGAUGAGCUGACUGGCUUUUAGUGCUGCAUUCCAAAGUGGUCUGAUUCUUUGCACUGGCCACAGAUUAAUUAUCCUUGCUAGUAAAUAUAACCAUUA